AUGGUGUAUAAUGACGUAAUACCCUGUCAUUGGAAAAGUAAUAGGCAAUUAAUAAAUGAGCUUUGGCUUACUUUCAUUGGCGCUAUAAUUUCUUCGAUAUCACUUUCAUUUAGUUUUCUCUUUUUAAGAGUGUCAGUCUUGAGUGGUGAUUGCUAUGUUAGUGGAUCCGUAUUUUUCGAAUUAGAGUUGCAUACACUUCCACAAUGUCCGUCGUUCGCCAACUUACGAUUAGAUUUAUCCGAGAUAACACGCAGGGCGGAAGCCUCAGUAAUCUACCGUAUGUUUUCGUAUUUCAGUGAGAGCUACAAAACGAUAUGGAUGUUUUGGUGUCGUAAUGUCCUCAACGUAUUCCUUCCAUUCUCACUGUUAUUACUCCUAAACACGGCAACCAUUUCCAAUCUAAACAAACACCCAGGAGAUUUUCUUAUCCAGGUAAGUGUUGAAAUUCUUCAAAAUGAAGGAGAAGGAGAAAUCUUAUUCCUACUCAUUAUCUCCUUUAAGUGGUUUCAACUUCCUUUGCGGAUUGUCGGUUCUGGUCCAGACACAUCUGCGAGGUUCAAGAAGAAAGACGCUACUAGAACCUUGGCAGCACUUGUGACAGUUUAUCUUCUCACGAAUACUCUUAAUCUUAUUCUCACCAUUAUGGAAUUUAUUAACCCCGAGCUUUUGAGAGAACCCUGGUUGUACACAGGAUGUGGAACUGUCUCUCAAAUGAGAGUUUUCGGAUCGUGCACACGACGGUUGCCGUACUAUUCAGAAAUUCGGGCUUGCCUUGUCGAAUUCCAUCUAAUUCCACCUAGGUAG